AUGUGUGAAUGUAUCUACAGGAAACAAGAAAGCGAUGGAGUGCUUAAUUCGAAAAGCAAGGGUUGUUUAAUGAUGAACAAAAUACUUCAAUAUCUUGAUUGUCCACAGUACCUUCGAAAAACAUUCUUCCCACACCAACCAGAACUUCAAUUCGCUGGACUCCUGAAUCCGCUAGAUACACCUCACCACAUGAGAAUACAUGAUGACUCGCUGUACAGGGAGGGAGUUGUACUGAGCAAGCCAGUGAAACCAGGUCAUGGGUCGUACGUGAAUGUUGGCUUGAAGGACAACUUGGAAGUGGAUAAGCUGAUCCAGAAUGGAGUUAGAGUUACCGUUAAAGUGAACAAACAUAACAAUAGCUCAGAUGCUGCUAAGAAGUUAACGGGGACAGUAGUUCCAUGGAGUGAGCCUCGAGUAAAGAGUGGCUUGUAUUGGGGUUAUCGUACGAGGUUAGCAGCUGAUUUAAACGAAGCACUCCAUGGAAAAAGUGUUGUUGCUCCAGAGGGUUAUGACUGCAUUAUUGGCACAUCAGAUAAAGGGGACAACAUUGACCGUUUCAACUUGCCUUCAUAUAAGCUAAGCAGGGAUCUAGAACAAUUCGAACUGAAGUAA